GCUACAUCUGUCCCCGCGUCCUACACCUGCACGCUCGCAGAGUCGAAUACUUACUGUCUGGGAACUUACCACUGUCGGCGACUCAGUGCAGGCGCUUGGAUGCCUCAGCUGCUUCAUUGCCAAUAUGGAAUCACUUAUCGCAGCCUUGAUACGUGAAGGGACUUCGGCGUGCUCCGCAUGCUGCAUCUGUUACUCCAGUCCCCAGGGCCAGUACUCAGAUUAGAUAGGACCUGUCCAAGUCCGCAGAACCCAGGCUGAGUGCGGAAGUCUUAUAUUGCGCUUCGAAUGUGCCGGCACUCCGUGUCGCUCAGCCACGCCACUUCUGACGAUCUGCCAUGACCGAAAACCAAGAACCCGUGGACUAUCUCUCGCGCAACGCUCGGACUGAUGAUGUUGCACGGUCCAUCUCGGGUUCCAUUGACGAGAAGAAGAUGGUCGAGGUCGACGAGAAGGUUGCUGUCGACGAAAUCUCCGUGGAUGGACUUGACUACAAGGAUGAGGCGCUGCGGCUUGUUGGUAUGGAACGAAAGGAGCAGUACACCGACGAACAGUACCUGAGAGUCCGUCGGAAACUGGACUGGGUCAUUCCACCGUUAUGCGGCGCGGUGUACUUCACGCAAUAUUUGGACAAGACCGCGUUAAGCUAUGCGAGUAUCAUGGGAUUCCCUGUAACAGGUCAAGGCUACAACGUCGUGGCCUUUUCCUUCUACAUCGGCUUCUUCGUGUGGGUCUUCCCAACGAUGUACAUAUCUCAGCGCACGCGUCUAGGAAAGUACCUAGGAGGCAACAUUCUCUUGUGGGGCGCGAUCAUGAUGCUGCAUGCUAUCCCGAAAUCCUUCGCGCCCUUCUUUGUGUUGCGACUCUUGCUAGGGGCGCUCGAGAGUUGUGUUGCUCCUAUCCUUAUCCUUAUUGUUUCUAUGUUUUACAAGAAGGAUGAACAGGCAUCCAGGAUAGCACUGUUCUACAUGAUGAACGGCUUCUCCUCCGUAUUUGGUGGAUUCGUUGCCUAUGGCGUAUCGUUCACAGACAACCCGUCACUUCCUUCAUACAAGGUUGUUUACAUCUUACUCGGUGGCAUGGCUAUUGUCGUUGGCCUCUCAGUCUUGGUUUGGAUGCCGGACUCCCCUUCGCAUGCAAAGUUCUUGACUGAAGAAGAGAGGAUCAUUGCCAUCGAACGUAUCCGUGACGACCAAGGAGGAACAGAGAACAAGAAGCUCAAGAAGGACCAGCUGUUUGAAGCGCUCACUGAUCUCCGGACGUGGCUCAUCGUGCUUUCUACGCUGUUGACGAACAUUCCCAACGGUGGCCUCGCGAACUUCAGCAACAUCAUUGUGAAGGGAUACGGAUAUACAACGAAGCAAACCUUGAUCCUAACGGCUCCCAGCGGUUUGAUUGGGUUCUUCACGACAAUUCUCGUUGGCUGGUGGUCCGACAGAACGAAUGAACGGAUGCUACCUAUCGUCUUCGUUCUCAUUCCGACCAUUGUUGGUGCGGCCCUAUUGGUCGCCAUGAAUGGUACUCGUGACAAGGGGGUCAUUCUAUUUGCGGUAUAUAUCAUCGGCACCUACGGAUCCUCGCUCUCCCAAAUCUAUGCUUACAACGCCAGCAACACCAGUGGCCAUACGAAGAAAGUCACGUUAAACGCCAUGACACUGGCUACAUUCUGCGUUGCCAACAUCAUCGGCACGGAGACUUUCCAGCCGAAGGAUGCACCGGGCUACCUCCCCGGCAAGAUAUCGAUUCUAGUCCUUCUCAGUGCUGAAAUCUUCCUCUGCUUCUUCAUGCGGUGGUACAAUCUGCAUCUGAACAAGAAGAAACGAAAGGUCAUCGAACAGCUCAAAGAAGCAAACGGGUGGUCAGAUGCAGACGUGGACAGGGAAAGGGAACGGCAUGCCUUCAUGGACAUGACCGACAUGCAGAACCCGUACUUCGUAUACACGAAGUGAUAGGCCGUCGCAACGACUCUGGUCCUGGUAAUGAGUAGAACGGAUGUACGGCGUACUUACUAUGUACCAGCCACAAUCAAAAUUAGAGUCGUAGACCUC